AACAGAAGCCUGGAAGAUAUGAGAACGAUAAGAGUUUUCACGAGCAUCUGGACUGGUUUUGAUUUAUAUUCACCAAAAUCAGCAAAUGGUUUGGUUUGGAAUCAUACGGAAACGAUGACGGUGGCCCUCUACAUUUGUACCAAUCCACAUUCAUACAAUGUCCUCUAUUGCUCAUUUCAAUCUCAAGCUCAGAGCACUUUGCACGCAAGGUCGCUUGAAGGAUGCAGUAUACGUUCUGCUUAAUACAUACAACGUUGCAAACCUGCAUUGACAAGAAAACCCUCUCAGAGGGUAAAAAAAUCCACUUUCACAUCAGUGACAGAAUACCUACGCUUGCAACAGACACAUUUCUACAGAAUAAAAUUUUCAGCAUGCAUGACAAGUGUGGAAGUGUUGCGGAUGCUCGCAAAGUUUUCAACAUAAUAACUGAACCAGACGGAGUCUCAUGGAAUAUGAUAAUUGCAGCUUACAGAAGGCAUAGAAUUCCUCAAGAGGCAUUGACAUUGUUUCAUCAAAUGCAACAAAUGCCUGUUCAACCUGAUCAGUUUACUCUCUCUGGAUAUGCACAAAAUGGUAUUCUUGACGAGGCUUUGAGACUUUUCAACGAAAUGCCUCAACCGAACGUGGUCUCGUGGACUGCAAUCAUUGCUGGCUAUGCACAAAAUGAGUUUGCUGAAAGAGCCUUGGAGAUUAUCAUCCUCUCCGCUUGUGCCAAACUUGCAGCUUUCGAACAAGGAUAUGUACAAAAUGGUCUUGUUAAUAAAGCUGUGGAGGUUUAUAAGCAAAUGCAACUGGCAAGUGUGAUGCCAGAUGAAGCAACUUUUGCCAGCAUCCUUCCUGCUUGUGCCAAACUGGGAGCCUUGGAACAGGGUAAGGAGUUUCAUCAGAGAAUAAUAAAAAAUGGGAUCUUAUGGAACCUGGUUACAAAUGCUCUGAUAUACAUGUAUGCAAAAUGUGGUACUAUGUACAAGGCACGUCAAUUGUUUGAUAACAUGUCGCAGUCAGAUGUAGUUUCAUGGAAUGCAAUGAUUGAAGGAUAUGCAAUGAAUGGCUAUACUGAAGAUGCCCUCAAACUCUUUGAACUAAUGAAACACUCUGGAACCAAGCCUGAUCGUGUAAGCUUUUUUUGUGUUUUAUUUGCAUGCAGCCAUGCAGGUAUAGUGCAUAACCGCUGUGAAUACUUCAAUUGCAUGAGUGACUCUUAUUCCACUAUGCCUACACUAGAUCAUCAUGUAUGCAUGGUAGACCUUCUUGCCCGUGCUGGCUAUCUUGAUGAAACUCUUAACUUCAUUGGUACGUGCUUUUUGCGUAGGUGAUAGAUCACACCCACAAACGGAAGAGUUCUAUGCAGAGUUGGAGAAAUUGUCGUGGGAGAUGAAGGCAGGAGGGUAUCUGUCAGAUACAAAACCUGUGUUGAGUGAUGUGGAAGAGGAGGAGAAGGAAUUUCUUCUCUGCCACCAUAGUGAGAAGUUGGCAUUUGCAUUUGGGUUAAUAAACACCCCCCUGGAACAACUAUUAGAGUUGUCAAGAACCUCCGAGUAUGCAUCAACUGCCAUACUGCAACCAAGUUUAUCUUAAAGAUUGUUGCUCGAGAAAUUGUUGUGAGGGAUGCAAACCGUUUCCAUCAUUUCAAGAAUGGACAAUGUUCUUGUGCAGAUUAUUGGUGAUUGUAAGGGAAACAAGCCAUAAACAGAAGCUCGCACCAUAACAAGGCAUGACAUCAGACUUGGAGAGAUAAAAAGAAAUCAGGAAGCGUGUAAAUCUCUGGACUGAAAAGCUUGAGGAGGCAGAAGAUUGCGAAAUGGAGAGCGAGAGGAAUGCAUGGCUAGAUCUUCUCAGCCAAUAAGGAAUCUGAGAUAAGGUCUCACAAUCAAGCCAAUGCUGGGAUACACUGAGAUAAGAGCAUCUCUUGAUUGGAUACCAAGGCAUUCUGCAAUUUAGCCCAUCUCCCGAUCUAGUUAAUUGCUAUGAACUAGUGUUGGAGUUUCUUAAUGGAGAGGUGAAAAAAAUUACGCUAUCAAAUAUGUCUUUAGUUUACGUAAAAUAAAUUUUGUCCCCGGAUCCUUCUAUUAUGUUUUACCAUACAAAUGCAAUAACUAGUAUACCUAUCUUUAGAGAAAUAUAGGUAAAGUACGCCGAAAGAU